UGUGGGGUAAGGGUGCAACGACAGUCAAGGAUGCAGCUCUACCCCGCACUCUCGCUCCAUCUCUGCAGGUGCAAGGGUGCUGACAAGGCACUUCGACAGUCCCCCCCACACUUGCUGUACAUCACAAAGCUAGACACAUUGGCAUUGGCAUUGCUUGCUCUACUCCUAUAAGUAUCCGCCCGCUCGUUGACGACGCAUGCCUCCACUCCUGCAAAGAUCCUUGCCCCUCUCAGCUCGAUCCCUCGCUCCCUGCCUGUACUCCAACUCUUGCCUUGCCCUCCCCGAGCAGCCUUGUAGCUAUGGCCGCCAAUGCCCUCUACCCCACCCAGACCAAGGGUUCCGACGAGAAGUUGGACCCCACCGGAUCCGGCUUCCACGAUGUCGACCACACUCUUACCAAUGAGACCAAUACUGGAUACGAUCCAGCUGUCAUCAAGCGCAUUCGCCGCAAGAUCGACUGGCGACUCGUACCCCCUCUUUCCGCCCUCUACGCCAUUUCCCUCAUCGACAGGACCAACAUCUCCCUUGCUGCUCAAGCCGGUAUGAUCCGAGAACUUCGACUGCAACCACCUUUGGCUCGAGAGAAUUACUACGGAUAUGCGGUCAUUGCCUUCUUCCCGCCGUACAUUGCAUUUGAGCUCUUCUCGAAUAUCGGUAUGAGGCGCGUGGGCGCUAGAUGGUGGCUCCCUACGGCUUGUGCCCUAUGGAGUAUCGUCCUGAUCGGUAUGGCCUUCAUCCACAACUGGCAGGGUCUGACUGCGCUGCGAGCUCUCCUUGGUGUCUUUGAGGCCGCCCUCUUCCCCGGUGCUACCUACCUCAUGUCUUGCUGGUACCUUAGACGAGAGCUCGCCCAGCGACUUACAGCCUUUUACAUGGUCGGCGUCUUCUUCAGUGGUCUCAGCGCCCUCCUCGCGUAUGGCUUUGCCCAAGCACGGACCGGUCCCAACCUCUACGGCUGGCGUUGGAUCUUCUUCGGAGAAGGUCUUCUCUCCCUCGCCAUCGCUAUUCCUUGCUACUUCCUCAUCGUCGACUUCCCUUCUUCCCGCCGCUGCACCUUCCUUACCGAAGAGGAAAAGGCAAUCGUCGCAACUCGAAUUCAGCGCGACCGUGCCGAUGCCCAAUUCGAUGGUCUCUCCUUGGCAAAGGUCGGCAAGUACGCAACAGACCUCAAGCUCUGGGCUUUCGCUCUGUGCUUCUGCUUCGCUACCCUUGGCUCAUACGCCCUCUCGUACUUUGCUCCUCUGAUCAUCGCCACCAUGGGCUUCGAGGGUCGAGAUGUGUAUCUGCUCGUCUUCCCACCUUACGUCGCCGCUCUACCGUGGGGUCUUACGCUCGCCUUCUAUUCGGACAAGACCGGUCGGAGGUUGCCAUUCAUCGCCAUCAAUUCAAUGAUCGCUGCCCUCGGAUGCGCCCUCUUUGCCUUCCUACCCAGGGGCAACACUGCCGGCAGAUACAUCGGUAUCUUCCUCUGCUGCGCCGCCGUCAACUCCAAUGUGCCCCUGAUCAGCUCUGCCUCGCAAGCGUCCAUUCGAGGCCAGUCCAAGAGGUCCUUUACCUCGGCACUCGUCGUUGGCUUCGGUGGUCUGGGUGGUAUCCUCAGCGCUGUAGUAUUCCGACCUCGUGAUGCGCCUCGCUACGUCUUGGGUAUGAGCUUCGUCCUAGCUUGCCAGGGAGCGACGAUCCUCAUCUGCCUCUGCCUUGGUCUGUACUUCAAGCGAAGCAAUUCUCUUGCUAGCCAGGGUAGGAAGAUUAUUGAGAACCACCCUGACUUCAGAUAUCAGAUUUGA